CCAGACUGCCCUCUCUGUCCUUGUGCAAAUCACAGUCCAUCCAUGGCAAAUUACACCUUUUUCCAUCUUGUUCUUCUCGUCCUGCUGUUCUCUAGUCAUGAAGUUGAGAAGACAUGUUCAUGGGGAAGGGAAAUGGUGAAUCAUGAAGAGCAUGACACUUAUACUGUCGAAGUGAAGUCGCUGACACCGGCAACUACUUGCAAAGGUCAAGCACAGGUACGUGGAUUGACAUUGGCACACAGGCAGGGACUCUGUUCGCCACUUGCUGCGAAUCGUCAAUCACGCAAUUCCAGGGUCACUUUUCUCCGAGACCAAGCGCGAGUCCGUUCCAUAAACAUCCUACGACAAUCUCGCAUGCUGACCACUGGGGAUUUUGGCGAAAAUGCCCAGCUACCGAUCCGCGGCGGCUAUCCUGGAGCGGGCGAGUUUGUGGUCACGAUUGGCCUUGGGACCCCAAAAGUCGACCUGACCCUAAUUUUCGACACGGGCAGCGACAUUACAUGGACCCAAUGUGAACCUUGUCCUAAUUGCUAUCAUCAGCAAGACCGACUGUUUAAGCCAUCCGAGUCUUCUACGUCCUCAAACCCACCAUGCUCUCAAUCGAAAUGCACCUACUCAAUCAACUAUGCAGACGAAUCGCAUUCCGAUGGUUACUACAUCCGAGAUCUGCUCACUCUCACUCCGGAGUACAAGUUCCCGAACUUCAUAUUUGGUUGCGGCCAAAAUAAUAGCCACGAUUUUGGCACCGCGGCUGGUAUGCUAGGCCUAGGACAAGGAGGCACGACCCUAAUCUCACAGAUAGCAUUAGAAUUUUCCCAAAUCUUCUGCUAUUGCAUCCCUGGCAGUGAGAGCUCAAAUGGAUACCUACUUUUUGGAAGUGAUGCCCUACUAAAAUGCCAAACAGACAGUUACACACCCAUCAUAAGUGACCCAAAUAACCCUUCUUUUUAUUUUGUCAACCUAGUAGGUAUUGCCUUUGGGAAACAGAAAAUUAGCUUCUCUCCAGAGUCACAGCAAUCCUCACCUACAAGGACCAUCAUAGACUCAGGGACUACCAUCACUCGGUUGCCACCCCCGAUCUAUUCGGCUGUUCGCACGGAAUUCGUCAGGUUCAUGUCGAACUAUCCUGUUGCACCGCCUCUGCCUCCACUGUUGGACACCUGCUAUGAUCUUCGGGGUCAGAAGAAUGUGACCAUGCCAAAGAUGGUUCUACAAUUUGAGAAAACCCUCGUUAGCUUGGACCCCUCCGCCGUAGUUUGGCGAGAGAGUGAUGCGCAAGUUUGCUUGGCCUUCGCGCCGAACCGGAUAAGCCCAGACUUUGUCAUUAUCGGCAGCGUGCAGCAACGGAACCUGAACAUACUUUACAACAUUCAAGAUAACAAGGUCGAAUUUGGGAAUGGUGGUUGUGGCAAUUGAGAGGCUACGGUUGAUGAAGGAAACGAUUAGAAUUUUUUUCCUCUUUUGUUUCCUAAAAUGCUCUGUUUCUUGUGUCAUGAGGUGCGAAAUUGUUGUAGCAUGUCGCACUGCAAUUUAGUGAAUUGGACUAGACCACACUAUGGCUUAUGAUUCUUAAACACAAUGAUCUUCCUUUUCAAUUCAAG